CCGAGCGCGCACCCGGCACCUGUUCCGGGCUUCUUGGCUCGCUCCUGCGCACGCCGACCUCGCGCCCUGCCUAGUGGUCCGGGCUCGCGCGCGCAGACCCCCUCCUGGCAGCCCCUGCCACCAAUGUCCCCGCGCCGCUCAUUGGCCACCGUACCCUGAGGGCCCGCCCCGCUUGCGGGCUGGGCCACUCGCGCCUGACGGGCACGCGUCGUACCGGACUGUGGGUGGGGGAGGGUCGGAGAGCCACUCUCUCACUUCAUAGGUAUGUUCCAGAAACUCAGCUUCUGGUCCAGGCUACCUCAUGGUGCAAACCAUAUGAUCCUGGAAACGUUGCUCCUGUGUGGACCUCAUGCUGUGUGCAUAUUAAAAGGGGGGGUGCAAGUUUUGGGGGUGUAGCACAGGCCUAGUAUGUAUGAGGCCCUGAGUUGGAUAGCCAGCACCACACACAAAACUUUAAACCAACCAAACAACAAAAUGAUAUGAAGAGGGGUGCAGGGUUCCCCGACAGCAUCUGCUGCUAGCUGCACCUGUAGUGGCCUUUGACCCCAAGUACACUCAAUCCUACUGUCCUGGGAUCUUGUGGGCACUGUGAAAAUCCUGCAAUUCUGGAUGCUUUCUGUUUUCUAGGCUGUGCACCAAGGACACUUUGAAGCUUCCGUAUCCCAUUCUCCCUACAACCUUGGUGUAUUUGAGUUUGCAGAGAAGGAAACAAACUCAGAGGCAAAGCCACUGGUAGAAUCACAUGCUAACUAUUGGCCAAAUGAUAACUGGAUCCACAUGAAACCCUUUGAGAACAUUCCCUCAAAGGGCUGCUGGGAGGCUUAACUGUCAGUGCUGCUGUGCUGGCUCUUUUGUGUAUUCUGUUCACAGCAUAUCUGGCCGGCUCCAGUACCCAGACUCAAGCUCCCCACUGCUCAAUGGACAACCCCAGCUCAGACCCGUUGCCUUCAACUUUGUCUGGGGAGGAAGAAAAACCUCUGGCCUUACUGCCUCCUGUUCCCCGGGGGCGUCGAGGCCGACCUCCAGGAGGAGCCACCACCUCCAAUCGGACUCUCAAGUCCUCCCUCCCUCGAAAGAGGGGCCGUCCCCCCAGAUCAGGGCAGGAAACCCCAUUGACAGCACCAGUGGACAGCGGUGGCAGCAGCGAUCUUCUGUUGAUCGAUGAUCAGGGUGUUCCUUAUACAGUUCCCGAAGGGUCAGCAGCAGAUGGGCCCCAGGGCUCUGGUUCCAAGAGGGCCCCACACUUCUGUCCCGUGUGCCUGAGAGCCUUCCCCUACCUCUCUGACCUGGAGCGCCACAGCAUCUCGCACUCAGAAUUGAAGCCACACGUGUGCAAAGAUUGCGGCAAGACCUUCAAACGGUCCAGCCACUUGCGGCGCCAUUGCAACAUCCAUGCUGGCCUUCGGCCCUUCCGUUGUGUGCUCUGCCCUCGCCGCUUCCGAGAGGCAGGGGAGCUCGCACAUCACCACCGCAUCCACUCUGGUGAGCGACCUUACCAAUGUCCCUCAUGCAGGGUGCGCUUCACCGAGGCCAAUACUCUCCGGCGCCAUUACAAACGCAAGCACCCAGAGCUUGUGGGGAUGCCUGUGCGCCUGUGCCCCCCCAACCCAAGAACCCAACCGCUGUGGGAUGACGAUGAGGGUGUCCCUGUUCAAGAAGGGGUACAGGAGGAGAGUCCUGAAGGACAGGAGCCUGUUUGGCCCAUAUCUUCCACCACUUCUCCCCUGUCUGGGUUUACAGCGGGGGGUUCAGCUGGUGCUGGGCUUGGGCAAGAAGGCCAUGACACCCUUGUUUCUGGUGGGAUUCCCACCACAGAAGGGGAUCAGAAGCAGGGACCUAAACCUCUGGGUUCUGAUGCCGUCUAGCACCAUCCUGUGGACUGACAAGCUCUGGGAGGCAUGGGCUGUGGAAAUAAAUCCCUGCCUACUGAC